UAUUUGUCAUUAUUUGGUCAAUUGUGUUUAUUAUAUAUUUGUUGUGAUUGUUUUAAAAUUAUUUAAACUCUGCAUCAUCUUAAAGAAAUCCUGCACCACAUUUAGUGAAAAUGGAAACAUGGAAGUUUUGCAUUAUUACCGUUGUAGCCAUUUAUUAUAUUGGACAAGUAAACUUCGUCAACGGUUUGGAGUGUUAUGUCUGUUCCAAUCAGACAGGUAACACAGAGAAAUGUCUAAAUACGAUAAAAACAUGUGAACCAGGUGAGGAUGCUUGCGGUACUGAAAUCCGUUGGGGUAGCCAACCGUACUUCUCUCAGGGUGCACUAAAGCAAUACUAUGUUUCCAAACGGUGUAUGACAAAGCAACAAUGCCAACAGCGACGUAAACGAUAUAUGCAAUACUGCACACAUAUUUGGUAUGAGGACUGGUGGUGCUAUGAGUGUUGUGUUGGUGAUCGUUGUAAUUAUUUUGUGAUUAGUGGGUCAACAAAACAAAAAAUAACUGCCAGCAUUUUAUUCGGCGGCUUAUUGUUAACUGCUCUCCACAGCCCGUAUUCACUGUUCAAAUAAAGAAUCUGUUGAAGAUAGACUAAGAACACCCAAGUGCCUCAAAGUUUUACUUCUGCAAAGUAAAAAUUCGUAAUAAACGCAAAUUAAAUAAGCAUACAACACCAUUAGAAAGAAAGUACAUGAAUACUUUUAUUUAACUUAAAUCCAUACAAAAAAUCUCAUCAUUAUUGUGUUCGAAUAUUAUCCGUCCAAGUUUUACACUAAGCAUAAUGUUAUAAUUGGUUAUUAUAUUACGAUAUUGCUUUGGAAAGGCAACAACAACUCUUUUAUAAUUUUUACUUUACCAUUGCAAUGAACUCAUAUUUAGUUUGUUCGCUGCAGAGUUAAAACCACAAGCAAAUGCAGUAUAUAUUUCAUAAUAUUUUAAAAAUAUUUACACAUAAGUAUAAGGCAAGAUAAAAUUAUGCUUAAAUUUGAGCGUGCACAAAUUUUUACACAUCAAUAAACUCUUGUAAAGUAA